AGAAGUAUCGAUAAUUGCCAGUUUCAUAUAUGGCAUUGAUUCCAAUACUGACGUUUGAAUUGAAGAGUGGGGUUUAUUUCUUAAUUAUUAUUACAAAGUUUAGUUGUUGGCAAUUUUUAAAAAUAUUAAAUAAAUUCUAAUAGGAAUAGUUCUCAUAACAAAAUGGAACCAAUGGCAUUAGGAAGUCCUGGCGGUAGUCCAGCUGCAAACAGCCCUUAUUUACCAGCUUUUCUUAUGGGAGAUAAUCAAAUUCCAACAACACCGCGCAACACGCUUUCGCCAAACAAAGGUGCCAGGAAUAUAUCCUUUGUAACGUCACCCAUAUCAAAUUCUCCGGCUUCUAGUGCACUUAGUGAUCACAACCGUUUCGCAGUUGGACAAAAACACCUAUUUAAUAGCUCCGUUACUACCAACUAUUCGGGUACUCAAGGUCCGCCCACACAAGGAUUAUUCGACUCUUUACGUAGCGAGCGUAAUCUGGUGGAAACACCCACACGUGGCAUAGAAGCACAGUCACCAAUAGGUUUCGGAACUCCUAUAUCUGUUCAACAUAAUUCAAGUACUUUCGGGAGUAAUUUGGGUUUCCAACAGCAGCAUAUGCUUCAACAACAACAGCAAUUUCCGCUACAACCAACAACUCAAUAUAGUGACACAUCUUACCUGGCUAAUACCUCAUAUAAUACCCCACGCUGCAUCAGCUCACCUCUCGGACCUCUUGCUACCCCUAAUUCAAAUAAUGUUAUUAAUAAUACGUCAUAUAUGACCCAAUGCCCGCCAACGCCGCGGUACACGGAAUUUUGGGUGACUGUUUAUGGUUUCCCGCCAAGCGCCAUUUCAACUAUUUUGCAGCACUUUGCGCAAUGCGGCACCAUUGUUGAUAAAGUGUUUCCACCCCAAAAUGGUAAUUGGGUACAUCUUAAAUAUGCAUCACGCCUGGAAUGCGAUAAAGCACUCAAUUAUAAUGAAAAAAUAUUGGGCAAUAAUAUUAUGAUAGGCGUUACACAAUGCAAGGAUAAAAAUAUAAUCGACAAAGAGAAUGUGUCCGAGAAUAAUACGCAACCAUGUAAAGUACGUCCGUUGGCUCAAACUGCAUAUAAAAGUGCCCAAAAUGAGUCAGCUGUCGAUAAUAAUGCGAACCUCCCACAAAAGAGUUCGGGUUUGGUGAAUAAAGCACUAGAUCUGUUCUUUGGUUGGUAAAGUAAAUCAGUUUUAAAAUCGAUUACAUUUUCAAUUCAAGAUAAAGUUGUAUUUGCUCGGUUCUAAAUAAGAAAAAAUAUAUAUUCGUUAAUCAAAUAA